CACAGAGGAUCCGGGCCGCAUGGAGUACCCAGUAAGCUGAUGUUCUCAACGUCACACGCAAGAUCUUCAAGUUGCCAUUAUUAUAAAGGCUAGCACUCCUAGUCAUGGCUCUCACCUCGUCGUUGCUGGCGUCGACGACUCCAAGUGUCAUCGCACCAGCAGACAUUACCAUCGGCCAUGUGCAACUUCGAGAUUUAAUCAUAUGUCCACGCGAGGCUGGGAUCGUCAAUUACGUUCAUAACAAGUCGAUUAUCGAGCAUGACCUUCAUGCUCCAGACUUGGCACCAAGACUUGUAGCCGAUCUCACAUUCAUCCCAAACACACUUUCUUCUUUGACCCUUUCUGACUCCCCGCACACACUCAUCGCAGCAGGUGGCCAGGACACCGAGAUUCACCUCUCGCUUCACAGUCCAUCGCGUACCCGUGCGCUCUGGCAGUUCUCCCGCAAGCUCAGUGGAAGCAUCAACAAUUCCGUCCUCCUUUCACGCGCAUUCGACAGUUCUAAUGAUCCACGACUUGUUGUGAGUAAUAAUGACUGGACAGUUCGCCUCUACGACGUGCCCCUCCGAGCCCGUUGGGCACAGGACCUCAGAUGCUGUGGGACCCUCAGGCUCAAGGAGCCUGUGAAUCAUUCCUCCAUAUCGCCCGACGGCCGCACCUUACUCUCAGUCGGAGACUCUCCUCGGAUCUACCUUCACUCUCUUUCAGGCAGCGCUCGGCUUUCCUUCAAUCGCGUCACAACAUUGCAGAUCCCGUCCGCCAUCUCCAUCCAUCCCAACUCUCUCGUAGCGUCCUUUAGCACCGCAUGGAGCGCCGACGGACUUAAGUUCGCUGUUGCUUGUCAAGAAGGAGUUGUCGCAAUCUGGGACGUGCGAAGCACAAAGCCGCUAAAGGUGCUGCAUACGGGUCGUGAGAGGGGCGGUGGUGACAACGGGUGGAUGAGUGAUGACCCAUGGGACUGGGCACGGAGAACCUCACGUGCCCCAGGAUGGGGUGCGCGGAGCGUCAAGUUCGGAAGUGGCGGAGUUGGCGCGCGGGCAGGCCACGAGGUAAUGACGUAUACUGAGCACACCAAUCUCCUGCACGUCCUCGACGCUCGAACAUUCGAAACGGAAGAAAUCAUCCGCGUGCCUAACAUCUCUUGCAGCAAAACUCCUCCUGCUCAUACACGCACCCUUCCACUACUUAGGCAUUCAGGAGGGCGACUGAGUGCACGUGCCGCACGCCGCGACGACAGCGCUGUCGUCGUACCUCCGCACGGUGUACUGCCCCGGACGACGUCAUGGACGAGCGCACCGCCCUCGAGAAUGUCAGAUCGAACAGGUGGCAGUGAUGAGGGCGAUACGAUGGACCUCGAUGAGCUCGAGGUGGACUGCUUGUCACGUGGAGGCUCGCCACCUCCAAUGAACUUGCACCGCACCCCAAGUCCAUAUCGGCCCAUCAGCCCAUCGCCUCUUUCUUCCCAAACAUACCGUCCCGCAAGUCCGCCGUAUCGCCCCUCAAGCCCUCCGUACGGCCCCACAACCAUAACACCCGUAUUUCACCCCUACCUGCCAGUGCGUCCGCGGCGAACACAUGGGGAGGAAGGAGAAGUCGAAUGUGCAGGAACGGUGGCAGAACAUGAAGAUGCGGAUAUCGCAGGGACGUGCUUCGAUCCAACAGGAGGUUUCCUGUACGUGGCGACGACGGCUGGUGUUGCUGAGUGGGCCGUACGUGGUUCGGAAAAACGCUGGUGGGGAAGUGGACAGUGGGCUUAGGGUCCCGUUCGUGCUUCCCUUCACAUGUUUCAAUGCACGCGUAUGUCUUUUCAGGAUUUUGGGACGUGUUACAAAUACUUCUCUGCGGAUCUGGUCAUAUGUACUCUUGUGCUCCAGUGGUUUGAUCUACUACUCUGUUUCGGAUUAUUACUAGGGUCAUAUUGCUGUCUUCCUAUCCCUUCUUUGUUGUCGUCUUUUCAUGUGCACCUACUCACAUUGUGCUUUCUCGUGUCUGAUCGUACUCAUCUCAUGUACUGUACAUACUAGUUGCAUUUCUAUAUUCCGUUUCUGAUGUUUGUAUAUAUACGUACACACUCACGAACUUGAUACCAAACACGCUAGUGAAUUUAUGAUGUAUCCAUUUC